AUGGAUUUCAUCCUUGCUAUAAGGAAUGCCUCACUCAAUGAACCAAUUGUAAAUUUGAGUGAUGAUGCCCUCGAGCGGCUCCACAAUCCCCCCCAAGGACCUAUUGUGAUCGAUAGCCCAGGAGUAUGCCAGAGUAUUUCAAUGUACCUUGCACUCGAGCAUGCCUUGCAAGAUGUGUACAAUCGCAUUUGCAGAGCCACCACACAGAACUUUGCUGGUGCGGAUGGUGUCGAUGACCUCCUCAGUUUCUAUAGUGUGGAGAAACUCAUUAGUCAGUAUACUGGUGUUGAAUCGAUCGAGCACGAUAUGUGCCCAAAAUCUUGCCUUGCAUUUACCAGCCCAUAUGCAGACCUGGAUAACUGUCCUAUGUGUACCACGUCACGUUGGGACCAGGUGAAGCUUCAAGCAAGCAACGGACGCAGUAGAGUCACCGCCCAGAAGCUCAUUACUAUCCCUCUUGGCCUGCAGCUCCAGUCACUGUAUCGUGAUCCUGAGAAC